AUGGACCCCAAGUCCCAAGCGGCCUGGAAGCCUUCUGAGGGGGAUCCGACAGGUCCGGUGGCUGGCUGUCCAGAGGGCCACCUGCUGGCCAAUGGCUGCAGCGAGCUACGCAGGCUGACCACCAGUCCCCAAACUGUGACAGGCCCUCCUGGACGGCGCGGCAAGGCUGGAAGAAGAGGCGACCCGGGUCCUCCCGGGCAAUCAGGACGAGAUGGCUACCCGGGGCCGCUGGGUCUGGAUGGCAAGCCCGGACUUCCAGGCCCCAAAGGGGAAAAGGGCGCACCAGGAGACCUUGGCCCUCGGGGAGACCAAGGGCGAGAUGGAGCUGCUGGGCCUCCGGGGCCCCCUGGACCCCCUGGAGCCCGGGGCCCUCCUGGCGACACAGGGAAAGAUGGCCCCAGGGGAGCACAAGGCCCAGCGGGUCCCAAAGGAGAGGCUGGACGUGACGGCGAGAUGGGCCUGAAGGGACUCCCAGGGCCCAAGGGUGAGCCUGGCAUUCCUGGAAAGAAGGGGGAUGACGGGAUUCCAAGCCAGCCAGGGCUCCCCGGACUCCCAGGCCCUAAGGGCGAGCCAGGGAACACGGGGCCUCCAGGAGAAAAUGGUGUGGACGGCACCCCAGGGCCAAAGGGAGAGCCCGGCCAGCGAGGCAUGGACGGAGUCUCAGGACUGCGGGGUCCCCAGGGCCUCAAGGGUGAGCAAGGAGACACGGUGGUGAUAGACUAUGAUGGCAGGAUUCUGGACGCCCUCAAGGGGCCUCCGGGGCCACAGGGGCCUCCAGGGCCCCCAGGGAUCCCUGGAGCCAAGGGUGAGCUGGGAUUGCCUGGUGCCCCAGGAAUCGACGGAGAGAAGGGUCCCAAAGGAGCCAAAGGAGACCCAGGAGAGGCUGGGCCAACCGGACCCAAAGGGGAGACAGGCGAGAUGGGCCUGUCAGGCCUCCCGGGCACCGACGGGCCCAAGGGGGAGAAGGGAGAGUCGGCAUCUGACAGUCUACGAGAGAGCCUGGCCCAGAUCAUAGUGGCACCAGGGCCCCCCGGCCCCCCUGGUCCCCCAGGCCCCAUGGGCCUUCAGGGAAUCCAGGGUCCCAAGGGCUUGGAUGGAGCAAAGGGAGAGAAGGGUGUGUCAGGUGACAGAGGCCCCAGCGGCCUGCCUGGGCCAGCUGGCCCGCCAGGUCUUAUUGGGCUGCCGGGAACCAAAGGAGAGAAGGGAAGACCCGGGGAGCCAGGACUAGAUGGGUUCCCUGGACCCCGAGGAGAGAAAGGUGACCGGAGCGAACGUGGAGAGAAGGGGGAGCGAGGUGUCCCAGGCCGGAAAGGCGUGAAGGGCCAGAAGGGUGAGCCGGGACCGCCGGGCCUGGACCAGCCGUGUCCUGUGGGCCCCGAUGGACUGCCCGUGCCUGGCUGCUGGCAUAAGUGACCCCCGCACCCAGCUCACAACCUGUACAGAUACGUGUGGACGUUUUUAAUUUUUGUAAAAAAACACAAAAAAA